CGCCACGAGGAGGCGCGGCUUUAAAAGGAAGCGCCAGCGAUGGAGGGUCAGCGUCGCCAUGAAGCUGCUGAGUGUGUUCGUCUCGGCCUUGGCGUGUUUGGGCGUGGCCUCCUCGGACAAGGACUGCUCACCUUGGGUGACGCCGCUGUCCCUGGCCGACCACCAGAAGAUGUUGGGCAAGUGGAACUUGAUCUCGGCCUACACGGACCAUGACGUCUACAACGGCAUCUUCAAGGUCACCCAAAGCACUCGCAUGACCAUCAGCGAGUCUGGGGCUUCCAAGGACGUGGUCCUCUACGAGGAGAUGCGGAUGAACGGAACCUGCUACGGAAGCAACUUCAACAUCAGCAUUCAGCACGACGUGGCGUCCACAUCAGUGGCCAACAUCUCCACCUCCUUCCACCUGUUGCCCGCCUGUGACUCCUGCAUGGUGCUCAGCAGCAACAGCUCCGCCCACAACCUCCGCGCCUUCCUGGAGACCUUCCACAUCCACAUCCCCAAUGACAUCGCCAUCCCCGACCACAUCAACAUGCGCGCCGUCUACCUCCUUGCACAUCAGGACCACGCGAAGGAUGCGGACCUGGACCACUUCAAGGAGCAGGCUCACUGCUUGGGAUUCUCCGGAGAACCCGUCUUCAUGUUUGACCCCAAAGAAGGUUUCUGUGACGGCAGCGACAUCACCAUGCUCACCUGAAGCUGCCAUUAAACACCUUCUCCUCCA